AUGUCCUAUGUGUUUGUGAAUGAUUCAUCCCAGACCAACGUCCCCCUGCUGCAGGCCUGCAUUGAUGGGGACUUCAACUACUCCAAGCGACUCCUUGAAAGUGGCUUUGACCCUAAUAUCCGGGACAGUCGUGGCCGCACUGGCCUGCACUUGGCUGCAGCUAGAGGAAACGUAGACAUCUGUCAGCUGCUGCACAAGUUUGGAGCAGAUCUUCUGGCAACGGAUUACCAGGGGAACACACGCACUUCACUUAUGUGGCCAUGUUGACACUAUUCAGUUCCUUGUCUCUAAUGGCCUUAAAAUUGACAUAUGCAAUCACCAAGGGGCCACUCCUCUUGUCCUAGCCAAACGCAGAGGAGUGAAUAAAGAAGUCAUCCGCAUGUUAGAGUCUCUGGAAGAGCAAGAAGUGAAGGGCUUCAAUAGAGGCACUCACUCUAAAAUGGAGACCAUGCAGACGGCUGAAAGCGAAAGGUAUGUCCAAUGCUCUGAGCUGCUAAUGGAAAAGGGACACAGCACUCUGUCGGAAGGAUCCACGGAGGAAGAUUGCGCUAUGGAAAGCCAUUCCCUCCUGAAUCCAAACUUGCAGCAGGGGGAAGGAGUCCUGUCCAGCUUCCGCACCACUUGGCAGGAAUUUGUGGAGGAUCUGGGAUUCUGGAGGGUGCUCCUCCUCCUUAUUGUCAUUGCUCUGCUUUCUCUCGGCAUAGCUUACUAUGUCAGCGGAGUACUGCCAUUUGUGGAGAAUCAGCCUGAACUAGUCCAUUAG